UUAGCACUGCAACAGAUCAAUCAUGCUGGUCUGUUGCCUCAUUUUCCUCCCAAAUCUUCCAUCUCAAAUCCUUCCUUAGUUGCUCUUAAGCAGCUUCCAUCUGCCUCAUCUGUGGCCACAGAGAGUUUAGAAGAUCAACGAUUGAAAGGUGAAGGGUACUGCAAUUUUUGAGGGAAUGGGUCAUUUGUAUGCAGACCGAAAAGGGCUUCGUGUUUCAACCCAUUUUGUUUUGUGGUCCACAAUAGCUUCCCAACUGUCAGGGAGAACUGAUAAUGAGAUGAAGAACAACUGGAAUACUCACUUGAAGAAAAGGCUAUUGGGAAUGGGAUUGGAUCCUUCCACCCAUGCACCCAAAACUGAGAUACCCAUCAGAAAUGGGUUACAAGGAUCUCAUUUCACAACCCUCCUGAGGCGUGUGAUCUUCCCAAUAGGGCAAGGAGAGAUAUUCAACCGUGAAUAUCAUCAGAAAUUGAGGUAUUCACUCUUACUUGUACUUGGAGAUAUUUGUAGAGCACACAUUUUUUGACCUUUGGAUGGCAUUUGAACUUGGAUAGGUCUCCUCGGUCAAUUGAGGUAUUCUCUCUACUUAAUCUUGCUUGGGGAUAUUUCUAGAACGCACACAUUUUGGGCUGUAUCUGCCAUUUGAACUUUCAAUAGGUCUUCAUUUUGAUAUUUUCUCUAUCUUGGCACCCAACACCUUUGCUCUGAGUUACCACUAUAAUGAUGAUAGUCUUUUUAUCAAGUAAAACAUAAUUUUAUUUAGCCAAUUAUUGCCAGUAUUACAUGUAUUUAUAUAGACCCACAAAUUGUCAAAUUGAUAUUCAAGUUAUUGGUAUAUGGGUAGGUUUUGGACUUGUACAAAUUGCUAUAUCUUCUAUAAUUAUUUGCUCUUCAUAUUGGCAGUUUCAUAUUAAAAACAUUUAACAAUGUUUACAUGACAGAUG